CUAAUUGUCCUGGGAAUGUCCGAGCUGAUGUUUGAGCCAGCAUGUCGCGGAGGAAGCAAGCGAAGCCUCAACAUUUCCAAUCCGACCCCGAAGUGGCCUCGCUCCCCCGGCGAGAUGGAGACACGGAGAAGGGUCAUCCCCCAAGUCGCAUCACGAAGAGCAAGGACGCCCACGUCUGUGGCCGGUGCUGUGCUGAGUUCUUUGAAUUAUCAGAUCUUCUGCUCCACAAGAAGAACUGUACUAAAAAUCAAUUAGUUUUAAUCGUUACUGAAAAUCCCACCUCCCCGCCCGGAAGCUUCUCCCCCAGCCCCGCUCCCGAUAAUCCCGAGGACCACAUGCAUGACACGGGGAACAAAACCGAUCAAGUGGACGGCGGCCACCUUUCAGAACACAACGGGCUUGACAGAGAAGAGUCCAUGGAGCUGGAGGCCCCCGUGGCUAACAAAAGCGGCAGCAGCGGGUCCUCGGGUGGCGGCGGCGGCCACGGUGGCGGCAGCGGGACCUCGGGCUGCAGCAGCAGCAGCAGCAGUAGCAGCAGCAGCAGCCCCGCCACAGGUACCUCAGCCAUCACAACCUCUCUACCUCAACUCGGGGACCUGACAACGCUGGGCAACUUCUCCGUGAUCAACAGCAACGUCAUCAUCGAGAACCUUCAGAGCACCAAGGUGGCGGUGGCCCAGUUCUCCCAGGAAGCGAGGUGCAGCGGGGCCUCGGGGGGCAAGCUGGCCGUCCCCGCCCUCAUGGAGCAGCUCCUGGCGCUGCAGCAGCAGCAGAUCCACCAGCUGCAACUGAUCGAACAGAUCCGGCACCAGAUCCUGCUGUUGGCAUCUCAGAACGCAGACUUGCCAACAUCUUCGAGUCCUUCCCAAGGUACUUUACGAACAUCUGCCAACCCCUUGUCCACGCUAAGUUCCCAUUUAUCUCAACAGCUGGCGGCAGCAGCUGGAUUAGCACAGAGCCUCGCCAGCCAGUCUGCCAGCAUUAGCGGUGUGAAACAGCUCCCCCCAAUCCAGCUACCUCAGAGCAGUUCUGGCAACACCAUCCUUCCAUCCAACAGUGGCACGUCUCCCAGUAGGGACAUGCUGGCGGCAGCAGGUCCCACCCCGUCCUCGGAAAAAGUGGCUUCGAGUGCCGGGGCCCCGCAUGUCAGCAGUGCAGCCAUCUCCACAUCGUCCUCACCGCCUUUCGCAAUAAGCAGCUUAUUAAGCCCUGCAUCUAAUCCACUUCUACCUCAGCCGGCCCCCGCUAACUCGUUGUUCCCCAGCGCUUUGCCCAACAUCGGCACGACGGCAGAGGACUUAAACCCCUUGUCUGCCUUGGCCCAGCAGAGAAAAAGCAAGCCACCAAAUGUCACCGCCUUCGAAGCAAAAAGUACUUCGGACGAGGCGUUCUUCAAACACAAGUGCAGGUUCUGCGCGAAGGUCUUCGGGAGCGACAGUGCCUUGCAGAUCCACUUGCGUUCCCACACCGGCGAGAGGCCUUUCAAGUGUAACAUCUGCGGGAACAGGUUCUCCACCAAGGGCAACCUCAAGGUGCACUUCCAGCGCCACAAAGAGAAAUACCCGCACAUCCAGAUGAACCCCUACCCCGUGCCUGAGCAUUUGGACAACAUCCCCACGAGCACCGGCAUCCCCUACGGCAUGUCCAUCCCCCCAGAGAAGCCGGUCACCAGCUGGCUGGACACCAAGCCAGUCCUGCCCACUCUGACCACCUCCGUCGGCCUGCCGCUGCCCCCGACCCUGCCGAGCCUGGCCCCCUUCAUCAAGACAGAAGAGCCAGCCCCCAUCCCCAUCAGCCACUCUGCUGCCAGCCCCCCGGGUUCGGUCAAAAGUGACUCUGGGGCCCCCGAGCCAGCCACGAGAAGCCUGGGUGGGCUCCCAGAGGAAGCCGAUGCGUCCACUCUGCCACCCUCUGGCGGCAAAAGUGAAGACAGCGGCGUGGUCCCCGCCUCGGCCCCCGCAGGGAGCAGCAGCAGCGCCCUGGGCUCGCCAGCAGCCGACUGCGGCCCGGGCAGCGCCCCCACGUUCACCAACCCUCUGUUGCCGCUCAUGUCGGAGCAGUUCAAGGCCAAGUUUCCUUUCGGGGGACUGCUGGACUCGGCCCAGGCAUCAGAGACUUCCAAGCUGCAGCAGCUGGUAGAGAACAUUGACAAGAAGGCCACGGACCCCAACGAGUGUAUCAUUUGCCACCGGGUCCUGAGCUGUCAGAGCGCCCUGAAGAUGCACUACCGGACACACACCGGGGAGAGGCCCUUCAAGUGCAAGAUCUGCGGCCGAGCGUUCACCACGAAAGGGAACCUCAAGACCCACUACAGCGUGCACCGGGCCGUGCCCCCGCUCAGAGUCCAGCAUUCCUGCCCCAUCUGCCAGAAGAAGUUCACCAACGCCGUGGUGCUGCAGCAGCACAUUCGGAUGCACAUGGGGGGCCAGAUCCCCAACACCCCCGUCCCCGACAGCUACCCCGAGUCCAUGGAGUCCGACACGGGCUCCUUCGACGAGAAGAAUUUCGAUGACCUGGACAAUUUCUCUGACGAGAACAUGGAGGACUGUCCCGACGGCAGCAUCCCCGACACGCCCAGGUCGGCCGACGCCUCCCAGGACAGCCUGUCCUCCUCGCCUCUGCCCCUCGAGAUGUCGAGCAUCGCUGCUUUGGAGAACCAGAUGAAGAUGAUCAGCGCCGGCCUAGCGGAGCAGCUGCAGGCCAGCCUCAAGUCGGUGGAGAACGGCUCCGUCGAGGGGGACGUGCUGACCAACGACUCGUCCUCGGUGGGCGGGGAUGUGGAGAGCCAGAGCGCCGGCAGCCCGGCCGCCUCCGAGUCCGCCUCAUCCAUGCAGGCCCUGUCCCCCUCCAACAGUGCCCAGGAGGCCCACAAGUCCCCCGGCGUCGAGGAAAAGCCACAGAGAGCGGCCGGGCCGAGCGAGUUCGCCAACGGCUUGUCUCCCACCCCCAUGAACGGCGGGGCCCUGGAUCUGACAUCGAGUCACGCAGAGAAAAUCAUCAAGGAAGAUUCCUUGGGCAUCCUCUUCCCUUUCAGAGACCGGGGUAAAUUUAAAAAUACCGCUUGCGACAUUUGUGGCAAAACCUUUGCUUGUCAGAGUGCCUUGGACAUCCACUAUAGAAGUCAUACCAAAGAGAGACCGUUUAUUUGCACAGUUUGCAAUCGUGGCUUUUCCACAAAGGGCAAUUUGAAGCAGCACAUGUUGACACAUCAGAUGCGAGAUCUGCCAUCCCAGCUCUUCGAGCCCAGUUCCAACCUCGGCCCCAAUCAGAACUCUGCGGUCAUUCCCGCCAACUCCUUGUCGUCUCUCAUCAAGACGGAGGUCAACGGCUUCGUGCAUGUUUCUGCUCAGGACAGCAAGGACGCCCCUGGCGGUCACGUCCCUUCCGGGCCUCUGUCAUCCGCUGCCACGUCCCCAGUCCUGCUCCCCGCUCUGCCCAGGAGAACUCCUAAACAGCACUAUUGCAACACCUGUGGCAAAACCUUCUCCUCGUCCAGUGCCCUGCAGAUUCACGAGAGAACUCACACUGGAGAGAAACCCUUUGCUUGCACUAUUUGUGGAAGAGCUUUCACGACUAAAGGCAAUCUUAAGGUGCACAUGGGCACUCACAUGUGGAACAGCACCCCGGCGCGGCGGGGCCGGCGGCUCUCCGUGGACGGCCCCAUGACAUUUCUAGGAGGCAAUCCUGUCAAGUUCCCAGAAAUGUUCCAGAAGGAUUUGGCGGCCAGGUCAGGAAGCGGGGAUCCUUCCAGUUUCUGGAACCAGUACGCAGCCGCACUGUCCAACGGGCUGGCCAUGAAGGCCAACGAGAUCUCCGUCAUUCAGAACGGUGGCGUCCCUCCAAUUCCUGGAAGCCUGGGCAGCGGCAGCAGCUCACCUAUUAGCGGGCUGACAGGGAACCUGGAGAAGCUCCAGAACUCUGAGCCCAGCGCGCCCCUGGCCGGCCUGGAGAAGAUGGCCAGCAGUGAGAACGGCAGCAACUUCCGCUUCACCCGCUUUGUGGAGGACAGCAAAGAGGUCGUCACGAGUUAAAGCCACUGGGGCCGCCACCUCUGGUGGCCUCCUGCCCCCCACCCCGGCCCCGUGCCCCUCACCCCCUAGUCACCCCAGCUCUAUGGACCACGUCAUUCUGAAGACAUUCUUUUGUACCUUGUUCAACUUCUAGAGUUCUAAGAAAGCUUAUUUAUUAGUGAUAUAACCUUGCUUUGCAAACAGAAUGCAAGCGUUAACUUUGGUCUUCUAUAUUUUGGACUAAAUACUAAUUGACUAAGAGUGCUGUAAACUUGCUGUAACAUUUAUGGCAAUUUCGAGUUGCCCUCCUAGGCGGUCUUAAUCCGGCAUUAACUUAUUUUCUAUAUCCAGUUUAAUAUGAAUCCGGUGUUGAUGCAAUGCCAUGGUGAUGCAUUAGGUCUCUAAUAAAGUCUGUAUAUAAAUGUACACUUUGAUCCUGCUGAAAAAUUUUAUCAGCAAACACAUUGUCUAAUCUUUCGAAACAGAUUUAAGGAAAGGACUAAAAGUACAGACUGAGCAGUGUGGGUCUUUGCAAGGUUUGGGUUUUGUUUUGUUGUUGUUGUUUUUUGUUUUUUUUUUUUUACUUUUAUUCUAAAAUUCAACUGCUUUUUUUUUCUUGUUUUGUUUUGUAGAUUUAACCAUUUCCGUUUGGAACGCUAUUUGUAUUGUGCUUUUUACUUGCGUCUUCCCUCAAUGUUAAUAAGUUUCUGUAUAGUAAUAAGCACGCAGAAUUCUUUAGAGAAAAAAAAAAACAAACAAGUGUUGUUUUGGUAGCCUUGUAGGUAUAUUCACAAUAGAAAAUGUGUGCUGGAAUUUCACAGUGCUGCUAAGUAUAGCAUCUUGAACAACCUUCCGUGGAGAAAAAUGUAGAUGCUCUUGUAUAUACAAUAAGAAAUAUCACUCUCAUUAAAAUGUACAGAUGGUCCCUACAAGAGCAAAUGUUUCUUCUUGAUCGAGAGCAGGUAUAGUGUUUGUUUAUUUUGUAUUAGGUAUGGAAGAAGAAAAAAAUUGGACUGUUACAUGCACUUUCUUGGAAAGUUGAAAGGAAAGGGGGAGGGUCCAGUUUCUUUAACAUUUAAUACUUACUAACAACAGAGAUACUGUAAUUUUACCCAAGUAAUCAAAUACAUUUUUC